GGGCCGAGGCGGACGCGGAGGCCGGGCCGGCGGCGAUGGACGACCAGAGCCUGGACGAGUUCCGCCGGCGCUGGCAGGAGGAGCUGGCGCAGGCCCAGGCGCAGAGGAAGCGGCGGCGGCCCGAGGCGGCCCCCGGGCGCGCCUAUUUCCUUUUUUCUCCUCAGAAUGAAAUGGAUGAUGUGCCCUUCUUCGAUAUCCAACUGCCUUACGAAUUGGCAAUCAAUAUAUUUCAGUAUCUGGACAGGAAAGACCUAGGAAGGUGUGCACAGGUGAGCAAGACGUGGAAGGUGAUUGCAGAAGAUGAAGUGCUCUGGUACAGGCUGUGCCAGCAGGAAGGGCACCUUCCCCAGAGCAGCAUCUCUGAUUAUUCUUGCUGGAAGCUCAUCUUCCAAGAGUGCCGAGCCAAGGAACACAUGUUGAGAACCAACUGGAAGAAUCGCAAGGGUGCUGUGAGUGAGCUGGAACCCGUUCCUGAUGCAGUUUUAUGUGAUGUGCAUUCUCAUGAUGGUGUUGUCAUUGCUGGAUACACAUCAGGGGAUGUGAGGGUGUGGGACACCCGCACCUGGGACUACAUAGCUCCCUUCCUGGAAUCGGAGUAUGAGGAGGACGAGCCUGGAAUGCAGCCAUAUGUCUCCUUUGUGAGGAUAAACAGCUCGCUGGCGGUAGCGGCUUAUGAGGAUGGAUUUCUCAAUAUUUGGGAUCUAAGGACUGGAAAGUAUCCUGUUCAUCGUUUUGAGCAUGAUGCAAGAAUACAGGCACUAGCCCUAAGCCAGGAAGAUGCAACUGUUGCCACAGCUUCUGCUUUUGAUGUCGUAAUGUUGUGCCCCAGUGAGGAGGGAUAUUGGCAAAUAGCUGCAGAAUUUGAAGUUCAGAAACUGGUUGACUACCUUGAGAUAGUUCCAGAUACUGGAAGGUACCCUGUGGCAGUAGCCACCGCUGGAGAUCUGGUAUACCUGCUAAAAGCUGAAGACUCUGCCAGAACCCUCCAUUACGUCUACGGCCAGCCUGUCACAUGCCUAGAUGUCUCAGCCAACCAGGCUGCUUUUGGUGUGAAGAGUCUGGGAUGGGUGUAUGAAGGAAAUAAGAUCCUGGUGUAUAGCCUGGAAGCAGAACGCUGCCUUUCGAAGCUGGGUAACGCGCUUGGUGACUUCACUUGCGUCAACCUCAGAGACAGCCCUCCCAAUCUCAUGGUCAGUGGCAACAUGGACAGGAGGGUGAGGAUCCAUGAUCUCCGCACUGACAAAAUCGCCCUGUCACUCUCUGCCCACCAACUUGGAGUCUCUGCAGUCCAGAUGGAUGACUGGAAAAUUGUCAGUGGAGGCGAGGAAGGCCUGGUCUCUGUGUGGGAUUAUCGGAUGAACCAGAAGCUGUGGGAGGUGCAUUCUAGACACCCCGUUCGUCACAUCUCCUUCAACAGCCACAGCCUCAUCACGGCCAAUGUGCCCUACGAGAGGGUGGUGCGCAACGCCGACCUGGACAACUUCACCACUCACAGGAGACACCGGGGGCUGAUCCAUGCCUACGAGUUCGCAGUGGACCAGUUGGCCUUUCAGAGUGCUCUUCCCAUCUGCCGGUCGUCCUGUGACACCACGGCAGGUUACAACUACGACCUUGCGCUUGCAUUUCCCUAUGACAAUAUUUAGAGAAUAGCCUCACUUGGGAGCAGGGAUGAAAAUGGGAGGAACCAAUGUUAUGAAUUUUAAAGCUACAGCAGAGCUCUGCCCCAGGUUUUAAACGUUUGGGGGAAGAACGGAACCCCAGGGUCCACUUGUGUGACACCACACAUUCCUGAACUGCCUUUGCUUUUCUCCUUUGCCUGCUCGUUUUCCUCCUGUGGAAAACUGGAAUUUGUCAGGGCUUGUUUCAUCUUACUAUGUUCCCUCUGUCUUACGGCUUUGAGAGCCAUACACUGACGACUCAAAUUUAUACCUCCUUCCCCCUCAUACACCUCCAGCUCAGCCCUGUGGCUGCUCCCGCCGUCUCAGGAGUGGCCCCCCGCCCCAAGCCGAGAUGCCCUCUCUCCUGGCCGCCUCGUGGGUCCCCCGUAUCAUUGUGUACACUCGGCACAGGGCCUUGCUGCAGCUCUCCACAUCGGGCCUGGACUUAUCACUGCUUAACAAGGUCCUUCAGUGCCCUGCUCCUGCCUGCUGGCCAACUUUCCAGUCUCCAGACCUUUCCUCUUUGGGGGCCUUCGGAAGUGCUGGUCUCCUAGCCUACACGGCCCCAACACUCACCCAUCCUUUGGAUCUGAGAUCCAGUGUUCACUCAGGGU